UUUCUGAAAACGAAAACAUGGCUGCAACGGGUUUAAGCUUUCGGUGGCUUGACAUACUAGAAAAAGAAUUUGACAAGGCAUUUGUGGAUUUAGAAAUAUUAAUCGAUGAAUUUGAUUCGGAAGAGCCUGAUGUUGUUUAUACAGCGCGACAGAAAAUGGCAACACUGAGCUCCUGUUUCGCACAGCUGACUCAUAAAGCUCAAACAAUUUUUCAGAACAGCGCCAAGGUUGAGGAAUUGUUGUCCUUCGUUAAUUCAGUGGUCAGUUUGGAACGUUAUGAAAUAAAUAGUAAAGCGUGUUGGCGUUGUGCAGUAGAGAGGAAGAUUUAAAGUAGAGCAUAAAGAAUAUUGACC